AUGAAAAACCUUUUAUUCCUACUCCCGUUUCUCUGCUACAAGGCUGAAAGCUUCCCUAUAGUCGACGUCACCGUUGAUCUUGCAAAAGAAGAUCAAAGGCACGCAUAUCGAAUGGGAACACGUGUUUGGCACGGAUUCAUGUACAUAGCCUACUACCCAACCGCCGGUUACAGGGUUACCCAGAUCAACUAUGAAGAUCAAGUGCUUUGGAAAAAGAGCGAUAAUCCAGAGGAAAGGCUCUAUAACUUCAAGUUCUACUACCUCUAUGGAGAUCUUAGAGUGGGCUUCAUUCAUGUUUUUAAUGGAGAAAAAUACGUUUCAUUCUAUUUCAAAAAGGUGGCCGGAACUUGGGUUCCAAUAUCUUUUGACGACCUCGAAUAUCUGGUUGAAAAGAUGAAGCGGUGCAGAGAUCUUGACGUAAACAAGCCCGUAGUUGAAGAAGUUUUCAGCGUGCAAGAGUACUCUCCAUCUGGCAUUCCAGCAUUCAUCUGCAUGCCCUGGCCAGGGUACGUGAUACAACUUGUCAGGGCUGACGAAUCACGUCUUUGGGAAGCCAAGGAUGAUUCUGAAAGAUGCGAGCACGUUGUCUUGCAUGGACCAAAGGAUGAGCCUAAACUCGUACACAUGUUUAUAGCAAUGGAGAAUGCAUACAAGGUGCUCUAUUUUGAAAAGGUGAAUGAAGAAUGGAAGGAGGUCGACAAGGAAAAGUUUUACGAAAGACUCCAAAGUCUUGAUGAAGAAACUCCAAUGGAAGUCUCAUAG